AUGGACUCUGGAGCAGAUCGAAAUUCUUUCGAUCUGAAGUGUGCCAGAGACCUGAACUUGGAAGGCGACAAAGUACCUUUCGCCAUCAACGGUGUAGGGGGUGUAGUUACAUCAUAUCAGCAAGGCUUAAUCUCCAAACUGAUAGUUAGAAAUGUAACAGAUCCAAAUUUCUCCAGACUAAUUGAUGUUCAGUGCUUUCCUGAACCAGCUGGAAAAAUUACCCCUCCAUCAUGGCACAAGCUUAAAAGCAAAUUUAAGCAUACAACUGAUAUUGAAGUAGCCAAUUUCCUUCCGGAAGCGGUUACUUUAAUUAUUGGAAACGACGAUCCAAGUCUUCAAUUAAGUCUCGAAGAAAGAGAAGGUUCAUUUAACCAACCCUUUGCGAGACUGUAUAAACUUGGAUGGUGUAUAUAUGGACCAAUGACUUCAAAAAGCAGGUUUGAAAAUAAAUCGCUUUUAAGUGCCAAUGAAAUAAAUUAUUUCAUUGACAUAGAUGAAGCCGACUGGAAUUUCGAGACAAUUAAAGCCGGUCUUGUAAAGAUGUGGGACAUCGAAAGAUACGAGACCGACAAUAAAGAAUUUGAAGCGAAACUUUCUCCAGAGGAAAUACACGCCGACCAAGUUUGGAGCGAAUCCGAAACUAGGGUCGACGGUCAUAUGCAAUAUGGCUUACUCUGGAAAAAAGGUGAACCUCAUCUCGAAAAUAACUUUGAACUUGCAAUUAAAAGAAUGUUUUCUCUUGAAAAUCACUUCAAAAGAAAUCCUAAAAUUCAAGUCCAAUACGAAAAAUCAAUGAAUGAGACCAUUGAGUUGGGGUACUGGGAAAGACUUAACAUUUCUUUUCGCCAAGCAAAAGCUGAAAAGAACGUCAACUAUGUACCCCACUUCCCCGUCGUCAGAGAAGACAAAACUACCACCAAGGUGAGAGUUGUCUUUGAUGCAAAAGCAAGAUUCAAUGGCAAAGCUAUUAAUGAUGCUUUGCUACAGGGGAGAAAAAAUAUGUGCGACGUUGUCACUGUACUGGCGAACUUUCGAUUAAAGAAAGUAACAGUAACUGGUGAUGUUAAGCUCAUGUUUUUGCAAGUCUUAUUGAAGCCCGAAGAUAGAAAAUAUGUUCGUAUGAUAUGGAGACCGUCGACUGGUCAACAGCCACAAAUAUAUCAAUCCACAAGACAUACUUUUGGAUUGAAAUCGUCUCCAUUCAUAUGCAUCGAAUGCACUAAAGCUGCAGCUCGAAGACAUAUUGAUACCUAUCCGAUCGCGGCAAAGGCCAUGCUUGAAAGUACCAUCGUUGAUGAUGUAUUGACAAGCGUGGACGACGAAAAAAUAGCACUGGAGCUAAUCCAAAAUCUAAAAGAGAUUUAUAAGACUGUCGGGAUGCAAAUUCGCAAAUUUGCCUCCAACAGUAAGUCAAUUAUGGCGACCCUUGAUCCUGAUCAAAGAGCACCAAAUAUAGAAUUGACUGAUAAAUCGAUGAUGGAUUCUCCAUUGCCUAUCAUUCGUGUACUUGGUCUUAUAUAUAUAGCUGAAAAGGACAUUUUUACGUUCCGAUUCAAUUAUAACCGAGAUAAGACAAACUACACGAAGGCUCAAAUGUUAAGCGUCAUCGCUUCCUUGUUUGAUCCACUGUCCUUUUUAGCCCCAUUCACUAUAAAAGCCAGAAUUCUGUUUCAGAAGAUCUGGAAUUUUAAAGUUGAUUGGAAGGAUCCAAUUCCCGAAGAAUUGCAUCCAGAAUGGCUAAAUUGGCUACAACAGACAGACAACUUGGCGGAAUUUGAAAUAGACCGUUGCUUGGAAGAUGCUUUCUCUCAGUCAACGGCAAAAUCAAGACAAAUACAUGUAUUUGCAGAUUCUUCCUUGUCCGCCUAUGCCUGUGUGUUGUACAUGAGAGUCGAAUACGAAAACUUUGUCAGCACAAGAUUAAUUUUUUGCAAAGCCAAAGUAGUACCCAUAAAACAAAAACCAUCUACCCCACGUGCUGAGCUGGAAGCAGCCAAAAUAGCAGCGAAAUGGGGGACAAUUUUUGCUUCAUGGUACGGUAUUGACUCAAACGAUUUGUUUUACUGGGGGGACAGUAAAACCGUUCUCUGGUGGAUACAUCGAGAGAAAUUUCCAGAUAUUUAUGUUGAAAAUCGGAUUUUUUACAUCUUGAGGAAAAGCAAAAGUUUCCAAUGGAGAUAUGUAAAAACUUCGAUAAAUCCAGCUGAUCUUGCAACGAGAGGAAUCUCAGUCAAGAAAUUAAAUCAGAGUGGACUCUGGAAGGAAGGUCCAGCAUUCCUGAAAGACAACAUGAACACCUGGAACUCUUUUACUGAAGAAACGGAAGCUUUGGUCAAAGAGACAAGUAAACAAUUAAGUCAUAUGACAAAUAUGAUUACAUACUCUUGUCAACAAGAACCACUUUUAUACCAGUUAAUGGUAAAACAAAAGUCGUUUAAAAAGAUGACAAGAAUUGUAGGAUAUUGUUUACGAUUUUGUGACCUCUGCAGGUCAAAAACUAAAACUUCUAGUCCAAGUAAGAAGGUUAGAAAAAAUUUACCAAAAGUAAGUUUCUUCUAUUUUAAACCAUCUGAAUUGAAAAAAGCCCGAACUAUAUUACUAAGAGAAGACCAAACCAACAGUCUUAGUGAUGUGCAAAGAGGCUUGAGACUACCGAAGAAGUUUCCAAUGGACUCAAAUAUCCUAAGGUUAAGUCCUCGAUUUGACCAAAAUGGAAUAGUCAAGAUGUUUGGAAGACUCCAAACAACAAGAUUCCUAUCCGAGGAGAUUCGAGCCCCAGUGAUACUAGGUAAAAAUUCGCUUGUGGCAAGGGCCAUAAUAUAUGAUCUUCAUAUAGAAAAUCGACAUUAUGGCAGCUUUCAAUACCUUGCAAAUCAAGCGAAACAAAAGUAUCACAUAAUAGGAGGUCUCCCAAUGUGUAAAGACUUGAUAAAAAAUUGUAAUUAUUGCAAAUUAAAAAAUGCAGUAACUACAACAAGGAAGAUGGGACCCCUACCAUCUUCUCGAGUCCCUAACAGCAGCUUACGUCUAACGCCAUUUGCCCAUGUUGGAAUCGACAACAUGGCGGCGCUACACGUAAACAACGGUGAUAUGAUAGAAAUCCGAUAUUUCCUCGUAUUUGUAUGCAUGAUCACAAGAGCUGUACACAUUGAGAUAACCGUUGAUAAGUCAACAAAAUCAACGGUAUUAGCUUUCAUAAGAUUUCAAGCGAAAUUUGGCACGCCAAACAUCGUAAACACUGACAAUGCAGCGAACUUUCUGGAAAUGGCCAGACAACUGGAAGAGUUGAAAGUUCAAUUUACUGAUAAGAACAUCAACUGGACUUUCAACCCUCCGAAAGCAGCAUGGUUUGGUGGACAUUUUGAAAUUUUCAUGAAACUAAUAAAAAAGGCAAUCUUUAAAAGUAUCCCCAGCAUAAAUAUACUUUUAAAUGAUGAAGAGUUGGCCACCUUGACAACUGAAAUCACUCGGAUGUUAAACAACAGACCGUUGACCUAUGUCUCCUCAGAUGGCAUGGAAACGGUACUAACACCCGCUCAUUUCAUAAUAGGUAGCCAAAUCACAUCUGAAAUCGUAUGUCCGAACUCCAUAUCCAAAGACCAUCAAAAGAGAUACUUAUACUUAAUGAAGUACUUGAACAGUGUUUGGAAAAAAUUGUCUCAAGAUUACCUACCAAAAUUAAACUUAAGACAAAAAUGGCAUUCGGAUGGAAACAAUUUCAGAAUAGGCGACGUCGUAUUGGUAAAAGACAUCAAUGCGAAAAAAGGAAGCUGGCCAGUCGCAAUAAUACAAAGCUUAGUUAUGGGCGACGACAAUAUUGCAAGAUCAGCAAUGAUCAAGUGUAAAAAUAAAACCGUCCAGCGUGCACUAAACUCUCUCUCUCCCAUCGUACAAGUGGAAAGCUUCAGCAAUGAUGCCGAAGCUAUGAGGGGAGAGUUGCUAUAG